AUUUGUUGCUUGGUGCGACGGCGUCCUCCUCCCCUCCGUGCUCGUGCUCUGACUCACCUUUCCCACCUCCUGCCGCGACGCGCACGCGCCAUUGCCAUUGCCAUGCCAGCCGACCCCUACUCUACUCCACGCUGCUGCUGCUGCUGCUCUGCUUCCUUCCUUCCAAUAUAAAACCUGGCCACCUCACCUCUCCCCACCAAACCCAUACCACACCACACCAGCGGAGCCUCGCCGAGAUCUGCGCCGCCCUCCGCUCCGCUCCUGCCUUCUUCUUCUUCUUCUCCAUCCCAUCCAUGGCGCCGCCGGCAUUGCCCCGCGCCUUCGCUGCCCUGCUCCUCCUCCUCCUCCUCGCUUCCACGGCGCGGUCCCAUGAGGAGGCGCCCAGCCCCACCGCCGAGCCCCCCGCAUCCGCGCCUCUCGCCGCCGCUGACUCCCAGUCCCAGCUCGCGCACUCGCCAAUCUCCAACCCACCUACCGCCUCCGCUCCAUCCGCCGCAGCAGACGCGCCCUCACCGCCGCCGCCGUCUCCGCCCAAGACCUCCCCCGUGGCAGCCCCCUCCUCCGACACGCCCGCGCCCGCGCCCGGGCCGUCCCACUCCCACCUCGCGCCCGCGCACCCGCCCGCCGCCGACGAAUACAAGGACGACGACGACAGCAAGUCUCCCUCGCCGGCCCCUGCCCCGUCCGCCGACCAGAUCAAGGCCGCGAACGCCACCGCCGCUAGCAUCGGUAGCGGAGAGCAGGAGGAGGAGGAGGAGGAGGAGCAGCAGCAUCGGGAGAUGAACGGCGGCAGUAAGGCCGGCGUGGUGCUGGGCACCUUCGCCGCCGCCGCCGUCCUCGGGCUCGGCUGCUUCGUCUGGCGGAAGCGCCGCGCCAACAUCCGCCGCGCCAGGUACGCCGACUACGCCGCGCGACUUGAGCUGGUCUGAUCCGGAGCGGAGGGAGCUCGUCUGCCUGCCGCUGCCGCUGCCGCUCCACGGAUCGGAUCCGAUCCGAUCGGGACAUGGCGUCGUCCUGCUCCUGCCUGCACACACACCACAACUGCUAGUAGAUGAGUAGCUAGCUUAGUAGCCCUUUUGAUCUCGUUCAUUCUUUGGUGACGUGACGACCAGGAAUAAUAAUUCAUUGGAUGGAGGAUAUACACGCACGCAUAUAUUCACAUUCAUCAUUUUCAUAUAUACAGAAAUGCAUGGAUCGGAUAUACAUUUUUUGUAAACAUCAUCUACUAUUUUGGAGAGUGCUCUAUUUUAUCUAGUUACAAUACCAAUGUGAUGUGAUGAUUCCUUGUAAAAAUCCAUUACAUUGUUCAGUUGGAUGAUUCAUGCCCACCUACACUCA